UGAUGCUCCACUUAGUGACGUCCGUCAGCGCCCAUCUAACGCUUUUUGAAGUUUUUGAGGUCAAAACUGUAGCAAAUAUUAUGUAUGCCUCGAGGUUUGUGACCAGGAGCAUGCUGUUAUUUGAUGUAAUGUACGUGUCAUCCUCGCUUUCCCGACUAUAACCACUUCAACCACCUACCGUCGCCUAUCCCAAUCGUUAACUAAUAACUUACCAUGGAUAAAGAUGAUCAGUCGACAAAUUUGAGGCCAGCUCCUCCAGAACUUCGCAGCUCAAUAGCUGGUAAUGGCUCGGGCCGACCCCGUGGCAAAGUCUGUCGAUUUCUGGGCAAGUUCAAGGAUGAUAUAAAAAGGAUGUCUGUGAGUCAAGAGGAUACCUCUAGCGUCUGGAAUAAGGCUGAGAUUGUGCAAAAGCGCUCAAAGGGUUCAAUCCGCAACCCUAACCCUGUUCUCUCAAACGGUGAUCAUGAACUUGCUUCGUUAACCUCGAAUAUCCAGAUUCAGGUUGCCCCUGGGCCUUCGAUGGUGAAACAAAGUAUUGAUCCCCAAUCAGCACUUCGGAGUGCCAAAGAAGAUGCACAGCGCAUGCAUCCACUCUUGGGACAUGCGGAAACUGUGGCGGAUGUCGCCCAAAAUGUGCCAACAGGUCUUGAUACUGCAGACAAUCUCGCCGCCACAUAUCUUGGACCCCUUAGGAUAUUUGAUUCCGUUAUUGGGAAGCUAGCAGAUGUACAUCCAUAUGCAAAGAUGGCGUUGGGGGUGUUGUCUUGUGCAUCACAGUCGUCAUUCAUGCAGAUUAUUCUUGCUCAAGCGGAUCGCGAUAAAGCAGUACUUCAGCUUCUCGAGAAAUUGAGUCAGCGAUUACGCGGAGAGGAGGAACUUUUGGACCCGACUCGGAAAGAACAUCAUUUCGGAAACAAACAAUACGAUUGA